AUGUUUUCUAUUUCUAAACUAAUCUUUGUAACUGUCGCUUUGACUACUUUUGCUUCAUCUAAAUCUCUUGGAAACCACGUAGCUGAUUUAUCUGUUGUCAUUGCUGAAACUGGAUUAUUGCCACCUGCACCAGAACUCACAACUGAAGCAGAACAAGAGUAUAUGGCAAUCCUCACAAAUUCCAGUCAAACUAUUCCUGAACUAGAACAAAAUACUAAAUUGUGGGCGGAGAAACAUGGAUUAACGGAGAAACUCGAGGAAUACAAUACAAAAGUUCUCGAGAAGCUCAAGGAAUUCAAGGAUAAGUACAUGUCUGUUAUCAAUAAUAUUUUGUCCGCUGAGAAGAAAUAUCAAGAUAUUCUGAAUAGUCAGACAUUGACAAUGGAUGAAAUUUCAAAUGAAGUUGAUACACUCCUCCAGCAAUAUCCACUGGAAUUCAAAACUCUCGGAUGUCUUUUUGAUGAAAUGCUCAGAGAAAUGAAGGAGAAUUCGAGUGCAGGAGAUAAUCAGCAAGUUCUCAAUGGAAUUCAAUCGAAACAUGAAGUUAUGAAGGCUAUGAAAUUUUUGAGAAGAAAGUAA